UUGGUAUUUGCCAAGAACCUGCCAUUUUGUAAGAUAGAAGGGAGAUAAAAAAUAGUUUUAUGGUGUUAAAAUUAAACAAAAACUCCGUUGCCAUUUUUAUUAAGGCCCAAAACAAAUGUUUAAAUGGACGCAUCGUCCAUUAUAACUCAGGUGUCUCGGGAUGACGAGCAAUUAAACAAUUAUGGAUCCGACAGAGGGUCAUCCCCUGGCGGGCAACAUAACGAUGGGGAUGGAACCCCAGUGGCAGGUUCGACCCCAUUGGGUAGUAAAAAGUCCAGUGGCGGCGGUGGAUUCUUGCGCUCAUUGCUAUGCUGUUGGCGUGGAGGCAGAGGGAAGGGACCUCCUGGAAACAGCACAAACAGCAUUGAUGGUCGUGCCUCACCUCCACUUCUGGUUAUGGCGGAACAUGCCCCCAGACCGCUGUUACCGCCAGUAAGACACCAGGAUACACAUAAAAUGUGUAUGGUGAUUGACCUUGAUGAAACAUUAGUGCACAGCUCCUUCAAGCCAAUAAACAACGCAGACUUCGUGGUCCCAGUGGAAAUAGACGGCGCGGUCCAUCAAGUGUAUGUGUUGAAGCGGCCGCAUGUCGACGAGUUCCUGCGGCGAUGCGGCGAGCUGUAUGAGUGCGUGUUAUUCACCGCAUCGCUCGCUAAAUACGCGGACCCUGUUGCUGACUUAUUGGAUAGAUGGGGUGUGUUCCGCGCUCGGCUUUUCCGCGACAGCUGCGUGUUCCACCGCGGGAACUACGUGAAGGACCUCAACAGCCUCGGCCGCGACCUGCGCCGUGUCGUCAUUGUGGACAACUCUCCCGCCUCCUACAUAUUCCACCCCGACAAUGCUGUACCUGUCGCGUCUUGGUUCGACGACAUGACAGAUUCAGAACUAUUAGACUUGAUACCGUUUUUCGAGAAACUUAGCAAGGUGGAUAGUGUUUACACAGUGUCGCGUAACUCCAAUCACCCGUACAACCCGACACAGAACAACUCGCCGCCGACAUAGCGCCCCCCCUCCCUCGCGCGGUCGCCCCGCCACCCCCCCGCCACACCUGUACAUAACCAAGAGUACGGACUCGACGUACUUAGUAAGGAAACUUGUUCGCUCGAGAACCCCGCUUCCCCCCCAACGACCUUUUUCGAAACGAUCGUCAAGAAAGGAGCGAACUUCGUCUUAAGUGCCAAUUUUGCCUUCUGGAUAGUAAGGACGUUAUUUGUACCUAUUUUACAUUUUAGGUAUCUCUUAGUGCGUAAGUCUGUAUGAUGGAUUUGUGAUUAUUUAACCUCUUAGCUAAGCUUGCGGCAAUGUAUGUGUGUUCUGUCGUUAUCAGAGAUGGGUUUACGCCCGGGCGUCAAAUUCAUCUAAGUCUGUGACAAGUUCUCUUUCGAAUUUUUUAUAUCAUGCUUGGGAUCAAAUAAAGUAAGUUAGGAUACCUUCGUCUGAAACGCUUUACGUAAUCAUUAACACGUUCUGCUAGGUAACAAUCAACACACGACAUGUUAUGCUAUCUCGUUCUUUUCACCCAAGUGAAAGCAUGUCUUUGUCACUCUCAUGAAACAGAAUGAGCGAUGAAGCGCAACACGUUUCAUGCCAAAUUUUGCCUAGUGGACACAUGCCUUUAUCGUAUCGAAGUUUUGCCGCAAGACCGGGAAUUGAUGGCAGUCCCUACACCGUAAAACCACUACUUUAGAAUAGUCCAUUCGGUAGAUUUGUGUCAUUAUUGCAAAUUCGAAAUCACGACUGGUGUUAAAUGUCCAUACACUAGCUUAGUGGAUUGUGUAAAUACUUUUUAUAAUAAACGACAGAAGGACGCUUGAAUCAUGGUCUAGAAUUAACGAAUACGGAUUAAUUAUAAUGUAUAUAUAUAUUUUAUAAUAAAUAUAAAUGGUAAGCGAUGGGAGAGUGGCAGAAAGUUUAGCACUUAAGGUGAAUAGGGUCCGCACUUCGGCUGAGGUUACGCCGUUUGAAGCAUAACUGUCGAAUUAUAUUUUUUUUAUUGCUUUACAAUGCGAUCACAGUCUAGAACAUUAUGUUCAUGCAGCCAAGUUCGAAAUUCAAAUCGGCGUAACGUCAGAAUUAAUUAUGUGUGCACAUGCAAAUAUUCUACACAUUAGUGUGUGAACGUUUAAAUGUUAACGAUUAUUUUCCGUAAUUUAUUGGUGACAAUAAAAAGUCAAUCGCGUCAGUGUCAUAUGAGUUUAGUGAAUUAAUGUUAAUUGUAUCACGGGUGGAUGUAGUACCUUGUUGGACUUGGCAUCUAUGUAUUGAUGUAUCGCUCUCCUAGAGAAGAAAUCUAAUUGCAAUAAUAGUAUUAAUAUACUUGGCGGUGGAAUUCUAAUGCGUGUUAAUCUAAAAUCGACUUUGUGUUCUUUGAAAUUACGUCGCGUUUUGUAAGUGUACGCACGUAUAUCUGAUACCGAUUCUAGCAAAUUAAUUUAUAUUCUUCUGCAGGGAAAUUGCUUACUUUGCAUUUUGACGACCUCGGUGGCGCAGUGGUAAGGUUCUUGCCACUCAUCCGAGAGGUUCCGGGUUCGAUCCGGGGUCAUGAUGGAAAAAUAUCUUUUUCUGAUUGGCCCGGCUCUUGGAUGUUUAUCUAUAUAUAUAUUUGUCAUAAAAUAUAGUAUCGUUGAGUUAGUAUCCCAUAACACAAGUCUCGAACUUUGGGGCUAGCUCAAUCUGUGUGAUUUGUCCUAAUAUAUAUAUUUAUUUUUUUAAACAUGAAAAUUUAAAAUCUGAAUCUUCUCUCGAAGAGCGUUGUUAAAUAGGCUGCACAUAAUUUAAUGAUAAUUAUCAUCUCAGUAUUAUACUAGUUUUAUAGUGUUUGAUGCCAUCAUAUACAGAUUCUACUAUGUGCAGGUUCUACUGUAAAGUGUUCUUUUCUAUACUAAUAUUGGAUGUAAAGAUUUUACCUUGGAGUUAACACGAUAGUCAAUGCUGUAAUGAUAUCAACUGUAAUUAAAUAUUUAUGAAGUAUGACAGCGCCAUGUACAUUCACAGAGUAAAGGUUAUAAUUAUGAAUAUUUUUUUUAGUGUUGCAAUAUGGUUGCUGCCUGGGUAUAAAAUAAAAUGUAUAAAUGUGUUCGAUUAACCAAAACGUCACUUUAAUCGAUCAAUUUUGUUUUAUUGAAUGAUAUAGUUUUUUUUAAUAUCAAGAAAUGUGACCUGUCAUUAAAGCCCCAUAAAAAUCGCUUUAGACAUUUGGAAAAAGUAUCUGACUUAGUGGCAACUGCCCUAUUGCACUAAAUAGUUGAGACGUGGUUGUGGUUGUGUUAUAAUUAAUAAAAUCAUUGGUCACGUAGUAGCGAUAAGUUCCCAUGCAAGAUUUCUCGCGUGACCUAUCUAUUUAUCAUGUUUCAUGAGUUCUCGUUUAGAUAUGUAAAUGUGACUGCUAAAGUAGUAGUAUGUUUAACUCUUGCACUGAUGUGAACUAAGCUUGAGUUUUGGAUAUACCACGUUUGUAUAUAGCAAUUGAAAUGUUCUGUGAAUGUAAAAUGUGUUGCCAUAAUUUCUCCAGUUUAACGAAAGCGUUUGAAGAAAGUCUUAAAACCAUCAUUCUUAAAAGCAAAAUUCAAAAUUAUACCUAACGGAUUUAUAUAAUAAUUAAUUAGGUAAUAUGAAAUGGUGCUUUCAGUAUUAGUUAAGCAACUCGAAAGAUUGACUGUUAAGGAAACUAUAGCACUCUUAACGCACAUUGGACUCCAAUUGGUUAAAAAAAUUUCGACAUUUUCAUACAAACUGAAUGUAAGAAUAAUUUGUACUUUUAUAUAAUCGGUAUACACAUCUUCACCUUGGCUUGACGAUGCCAUCUUAUUUAUUGUUUUAAUUGCUUAGCAAAAAGGUUUUAUUUGUUUUCUUUUUUUAUAAACAAUAUCGAUUUAUUAUUGUUUGGUAAUAGACGUGUAAAUAAGAUUUUUAUUAACUUAAAGCUCGAUUUAAAUAUUCGAUACGACGCAAUGUUUUGGUAGUGUACAUGUUAGUUGUUAUUUAGUGACUACGCCGGUGUAUGUACAUACCCUUAUAUACGUAUAUUUUAUAGUUGUAUGUUAACGCUAGAUUACCCGGCUCCAUACAUUAGACAUAGUACGAAUAUGUUUACCGGCUGGUAAUCCACAAACAAUUUAGGAGGGCAUUGUUUAACAUACACUAAAGUCUAUUUUUAGGAGAUAAAUAAUUAAAAUUAAAAUAUUUUAUACAUAUAUUCCUAACGUCGCCUACUAUUUUAUUUAUAUACGAGAAGUUAUGAAUGGGCUUAUUAUUAUAACUAUAUACUUAUAUAAUUUGCAUUGGUCAGAUGUAGUAAUUACACUUAUGAACUUUAUUAAAGGGCAAUAUGAAAUUAAUAAUAAUUUUAUCGAUUUUUAAUUUUUGUAUGUUUUGUAAUUUUUUAUUCUUUUCCCGGCGUCUGCAGUCGUGGUUAAUAAAUUAUUAUAAUUGUAUUUGUAACGUGACUAAAAUUAAAGGCCGCUGCACUCUUUUAGCGAAUAUUUCCAACAUACUUGUUAAGCUUAGAUAUGGCCAAUAAAUCCUAAUAUUCAUUUUCUUAGAAAACAUUCAGUCUUAUCUUCCAUUUUCAAAUAAUAAAAUCUGAUAGAAUCGCGACCACCACACUAUACAAACGGGACUAAGCAAUCGAUUACUAGAGCACGGUCUUCAAAUAUUGCUUCACACAUUCCUUCCAAAUUUGACAUCCGGGGGCUUGUAAUAAUGUGUACUAAUUGGGUUAUAAGUAUAUUUAUUUCGCACCAAUUUAUUAGUAGAAUCAAUAUUGGGAGAUCGUGUGUGCAAGUACUUGGGCCUGUUAGCACGCAAUACGUAUUUUUCUCAGCUUUUGCGAUGUGGAUUACUAGGUUCCCAUAGACCAUAUUAGACAGCAUUUAUUUGUAAGCAUUAACAUGUAGCGUAGGAUGUUAUAGUAAUAUAUACGUUGAUUUCUUUAGUUGUAAGCAUUCUGUUGUUUAAUGACGCGUUAUUUUUAAACAUCUGUAACUUAGGCUUGUAAGCGAUACACCUGUGACUCUUAGACGUGUAUUCUAUUUUUAACUUGACUAUAGAAAUCGUCCAACAGUGUUAUUUAGGUAAUAUUGUUAUUAUUAUUUGAAAUUGUAUUGCAUGCAAUAAAAUUUGAUUGAUAUUUUCUAAUAUCUUAUUGUAUUAAUGGAAUAUAAUAAAUUUAUUUUAUGUCUAACAUUACCUAACUAGCGAGUUUCGGGUAUAAGUUGUUGUGUCAUUAAUUUGAUAUUUUUUUGUAUUGUAUUUUAGUAUCUGUAACGUUUUACGGGGAGAUGUAAUGUACGCAAUAAUUUAAUAUACUUAUUGUUCUUUUUCUCUUGUCUUGUUCAGAUGUCGGUGCUUUUGACGAAUUUAUUCGACAAUUGAUGGAACACGCUGUUUUCACUGUAAGUGUCAUACCCCAUUGCUUAGUUAUAGCUUCGUUGUUUUCUAUAGGUUUUGACACUGACGAUAUAAUUUUCGCGUUGAUCAGUAAACAGGACGGAGUACGACGCCGCGUAACGGAGCGAUGUGGCAUGGCUCUUAGUCUGCACUAAUAUAAAAAAAUAAUAGGACUAUUGUAUCUUCAUAAAAGUACGAUAUUCUUUAAGUAUAAAAUAGAUGCGUGUUCCAUCAAAUGUAUAGUCCAAUUAAAUUGCUUGUUGAUUUUAUAAUCAAAUAUGAGUUGAAAUUGUCACUUCCCCUACACCUCCCUAGCUCGCAGUUCUUAAUUUGAUUGUAAACAAAGUACAAAUACAAUAGCGUGGCUCGUGUACUUGCGAACAAAAAUAUUAAAAUAUAAUUUCUAAAAUGUAAGGUUGUGCUUAUGCUGUACUACAUAUCUUUCACUUGCAAAAUCCACGAUCGGAUAAAGGAAAUUCUUGCCUAUAGGAGAUAAAAGUUCUAAAAUACUCUCGAUUUUUAUAAAUUUAACAUUCAUAGCUAGCUAGCUACCCACCUGUCGAUCGUUCAGAAUUUUUCCUCUGUGACGGCUAUGAGAUUCAGUUAUGAUAGUAUAAAUUCAACUCUAUGCGUAUGUCAUCAAGAGUUUUUUUACUCUUGUCUCAGCUGUCAGAGGACAAUUCAUGAACUGAAUAUGAAUAUUUCACUGCCUUUGCACCAAUUUAGUCGUGGUUGGACCGUGUAAGAACGAUAAUUGUAUAAUUUGAACCUCUUAUAAGUAAAUACACUACUUACGGCCUUUUGUAGCUAAUUUUUAUCUUCCUUCCUUCGAAAGACUCAAUUUUCGUUCUUAUAUCUCCAACCAUUUCAGGGGAGCUACCAUGAAAUAUAAAACACGUAGUUCGCCAUUCCUUCGUUUUCUUUUUUCACGACGGGUACACAAUGUGGGAAAAAGAGACAGAAUGUGGAUGUACUAACGUGGUACGUGUUUGUAUGUUUCGUGGUAGGACUCCUAAGCUCACUUCAGGGUCUUUGAUGUCUAACAGUGUCCAGUGUCCAUUGUAUGGAUAUAUAUCAAUUAGUAUUAAAAGAUCUAUGUCUUGCAAUCAACUUGAAAUUUUACUAACACCUUAGGGUAAGAAAUAAUAUUAAAAGCCAUAACUUUUAUUCACCAAAUCUGUUUUGAUUCAAAGCCUCAUAUUGAUGUAGAUUAUCAAGCUACAAUAAAUUAAUUUAUUACAAUAAAAAAAAGUUUAAAUUUGCUUUGGCAGCUCUCUUGAUUUCAAAAAUAAUGAACGAUAUAAGCGCCGUUUGUUUGAUCUGAAUGUAAAUGACGGACUAAUUCAAGUGAAAUUUUAAGUAGAACGAAUUUUACAACACUUGUUCAUAUCUCGCUUUCUGAUCAUAUUUGAUCUUUAAUGCGUUUGGAGUAGGAUCAUAUAACUAUGUCAAUUUGUUACAGCAUUCGUUUUUUGACAGGUGUAUUUGCGUAAUGAAGGAAAAAACCUCUCGAAAAACUUACCAAUUGCAAUAAAAAACAUUGCACCUGUCAAAAAAUUAAGUAAUUUGAUUUUUCCAGAGUCGGAAUAUUGUAGAUAUCAUGUACAGCAUUACAGGACGGUAUUAUGAAUUUGUACCUAUCAAAUAAUAGGCAAGUGAGAGGACUAUAAUUAUUAUAUUUAUGAUGUGUAAUAGCCAUGAAAAAUAGGAAAAAAAUCACGUGAGUAGCUAGGUAACAUUUACCUGUGACGAAAUUUAUAUAAUGGUGUACAUUUUUGAUAUGAUGUUGUACAAAAGAGAAAUUUGGUAUGUUAUUUUAUAGGAAUGAAUAAAUAGCCUUAAUAAACAA